CCCGCAAUUAUAUACAUUUUCUUUAAAAACACAUUGUCAAAAUUUUUUAGUGGUGGGUAACUUACUCCUAAUCAGACAAUUCAUUCAUUUAGGAAAUUUGGAAAAACAUCAAACAUAGAAUCAACACUUCAUUAUUGAUAUUAUGGACACUUUCGGUACCAAUGCAAAGUUCGAGGCUCCGGCUUUCAGUAAAAGUAAGGCGGUUUACUCGUCGGAACUGGCUAUACCAAUCGAAACCCAAACUGAUCAUAACACAAUCAAGCAGGUUUUUAUCACAAAAUUAAUUUUCCUUCUUCCGACGAUAAUUCAAGCUAUUCCUUUGAUGUUGGUCGAGGACUCCCGGAUGUAUCUAAAGGACAACUCCUCCAUGGUUUAUUUCGCUUUAGUCUUGUACGCUUCGGCCACUCUAAUUUUCACGUUCUUGCCAAAUAUGCAGAAUCGGAACCCCUACACAAUUGUUUCUGCAUUCGUAAUGAUUGAAUCAUUGACUGCGAUUAUAGCCUUCAUCAGCAGUUACUAUCAAGGUAUCGUGGUUUUGACUUCGUUUGGUGCUGCAGUUAUCGCAUGUGUGUCAUUGGCAGCCCUAGGGAUAUAUUGCACGCAGCUUAAUUUAGAUAAAAUUAACGUUGCCGUGUUCGGAAUAGGGGUCUUAAUAUUCAUAGUUGGUAUAAUAAUUUAUGCGGUGGAACUCUUUGUCACUUGUUACACGGUCAAUGCAAUAUAUUCGAUACUGGCCCUGCUUGUAAUGUACAUUUACUUUUUCCAUGCGGUACAGGGACUAAAUGAUAAAACUAAACCAUUGGAGGAAUGUGAUAAAUUCAUUGUUGCGAUGUCUCUCUAUACAAAUUUUAUUACGAUUUUUUUACUUUGCGAAAAUUUGUUUACAGCAAUUAAAAUUUAAUAGUAACAUAGAAUAAAUUUUAAAACCUU